AUGGUAGAUUACUAUGAAGUUCUAGGCGUGCAGAGAUAUGCUUCAUGUGAGAACAUUAAAAGGGCUUAUCAUAUGGCACUUAAAUGGCACCCUAAUAAAAAUCCAGAAAAUAAAGCUGAGACAAAAUUCAAAGUAGCUGAAGCAUAUGAGGUAUUAUCAAAUGAUGAAAAACGGGACAUUUAUGAUUAUUAUGACAAAGAAGGAUUAAAUGGCAGAGUUGGAAGUAAUACUGAUGAUUCUUUUCAGUAUGGCUUCACAUUCCAUAAUCCAGAUGAGGUUUUAAAUAUUUUUGGUGAAAGGGACUCAUUAUUUCUUUUCUUUGAAGACUUACUUGAGGACCUUUUAAAUAGUCCACGAAGUUCCUAAGGAAGCAGAAACAGAGGUGCAAGAUCCUUUUUCUCUACAUCCAGCGAAUAUCUGGUUUUUGAGAGAUUUUCUUCUUAUGGUACAAAAUAUAUACCACAUGGUUUACUGGGCCAUGAGGGCAUUAAUUCUUUCUCUUCCCUGGCAUUUGAUGACAGUGGGAUGGUACUAAACUACAUAUCCUUUACAACUUCACAUAAAAUUGUUAAUGGCAGAAAUACCAAUACAAACAGAAUUGAGAAUGAUGAAGAAAGAGAAGUUGAAGAUAAUGGUGAGUUGAAAUCCUUCUUUAUAAAUGGUGUGGCAGAUGAAGAGGGCUUUGCAGAAGAAUGCAGCUGGAGAAGACAGUCAUUCAACAAUUAUUCACCUGAGUCCUAUAGCUCUAAACAUGUAUCUCAGUAUACUUGCAUAAAAAAUGAGCAAUGUAUACCUUGGGUCACCAGCAACAGGAAUCCCUCUGUUUUCUCAGUAGGAUUCAAAGGUGGUAAGAGGGGGGGAAAAGCAUGA